UCUUCUCUCUUUCAUCAAAUUCCAUAUGUAUCCCUUUGACCUCAGAUUCUUUUACGCCUCACAUGGGUACCCUAGAUCCACCAAAGAUGCUUCGUCAUCCUACCUGCUUCGACUUUCCACCGUUAGUUUAUUAAUGCAUGGGUGGUAGAAUCCUCAGAUCUCGCCAUUUUCAUCACUCCAAAUUUCGGCCUUCGAGACGUACUCAUCAUCGCAUGAAGAUGAAAACAAGGAAGAUCUUUGGGAUAUCUCUCUCCCUCAUUCUCAUCAACUUGGCUGCUAUUAUGGAACGUGCUGAUGAGAAUCUCCUUCCUUCUGUUUACAAAGAAGUCAGUGAAGCUUUCAGUGCUGGGCCUACAGAUCUUGGAUAUCUUACAUUCAUACUGAAAUUGUUCCAGGCACUGGGAUCACCUUUGGCUGGUAUAUUAGUUCUUUAUUAUGACCGCCCCACCGUUCUUGCGAUAGGCACUGUUUGUUGGGCUUUAUCUACUGCUGGAGUAGGUGCUAGCCAGUAUUUUGUGCAGGUUGCUUUCUGGAGGGCCAUAAAUGGUAUUGGGCUGGCCAUUGUUAUACCAGCACUACAGUCUUUCAUAGCUGAUAGCUAUCUGGAUGGUGUUCGAGGGAGAGGAUUUGGAUUGCUAAGCCUUGUUGGUUCUGUGGGUGGAAUAGGAGGUGGUGCUGUGGCAACAGUUAUGGCUGGUCAGGAAUUUUGGGGAAUACCUGGAUGGCGUUGUGCGUUUAUUAUGGUGGCAUUAUUGAGUUCACUGAUUGGGCUCCUGGUCUUUCUGUUUGUUGUUGACCCAAAGAGAACACAUACUGUUACUCACGAGACUGGGGACAUUUCUGAGAGGAACAUAUUGAUACCAAAGCCCAGUUCCCUGUCGGCUUGGAUGGAUUCCUGGACAGCUAUGAAAUCUGUUAUAAAAGUUCAAACAUUUCAGGUUAUUGUCCUGCAGGGUGUCGUUGGUUCUGUACCAUGGACUGCCAUGGUUUUCUUCACAAUGUGGUUUGAAUUAAUUGGUUUUGAUAAUAAUGAGUCAGCAACCCUCAUUAGCCUUUUUGCUAUUGGAUGUGCUAUUGGGAGCCUCCUCGGUGGAUUAAUAGCAGAUCAUAUGUCUCGCCUCUACCCAAACUCUGGCCGUAUCAUGUGUGCCCAGUUCAGCGCUUUCAUGGGAAUCCCAUUCUCAUGGUUCCUCCUGAUGGUGAUCCCACAGUCAGUCAGCAGCUGGUACAGCUUUGCCACUACCCUUUUCCUUAUGGGUCUCACCAUCAGCUGGUGUGCAAAUUGUGCAAAUAAUCCCAUGUUUGCUGAGGUUGUCCCUGCAAAGCAUAGGACCAUGAUAUAUGCAUUUGAUCGUGCCUUUGAAGGAUCGUUCUCUUCAUUUGCAGCCCCCAUUGUUGGAAUGGUUGCAGAGAAGGUUUAUGGCUAUGACUCUAAAUCUGCAAAUCUAGUGUCAGGAUCAGCCAAGGAGGCCUUUGCUCUCUCGAGGGGACUUCUCUCAAUGAUGGCAGUUCCCUUUGGUCUGUGCUCCUUAUUCUAUACCCCAUUGUAUCGGAUAUUUGGGCGGGACCGUGAUUCUGCUCGACUUGUAAAUUCGAAAGAGCAAGAGAUGACAUGAUGAUUCAGUUAACUUCUAGCCCUCAUCAACUGAGAUGGCAACAUGAGGAUGUGGAUUCAUACUCUUAAUAUAUUCAGAUUGUGAGCCUAGGACUCGAAGCAAUGCAAAUGCCAGUGCCUUCACAAUCUCAGUUGCAUCCACAGAAAUUUUGCUGUAGAUUUCUUGGUAUUCAGUGCCAGGUAUUCU